AUGCCCGAGGAGGCGGGCUUCCCGCCGCCUAAGAGAUUCCGGCCGGGCCUUGGGCCGCCGAGCCACGACGGGAGGCGAGUGGUAAUGCUGAGUGCGGGCGGCGGCGGCGGCGGCGGCGGCGGCGGCGGAGGAGGAGGCGGCGGAGGAAGCCGCCGGCGGCAGCCGCCCCUGGCCCAGCCCUCGGCCAGCCCUUACCCCGAGGCCGUGGAGCAGCAGCGCCGGAGUCUGCCCAUCUUCCAGGCGCGGGGGCAGCUGCUGGCCCAGCUCCGAACCCUGGACAGCGCCAUCCUCAUCGGGGAAACCGGCUCUGGGAAGACCACUCAGCUCCCUCAGUACCUCUAUGAAGGAGGCGUUGGCCGGCAGGGCAUCAUUGCUGUGACCCAGCCUCGGCGAGUGGCAGCCAUCUCUCUUGCUACUAGAGUCUCAGAUGAGAAGAGAACUGAACUCGGGAAGCUGGUUGGCUAUACAGUGCGCUUCGAUGAUGUCACCUCGGAAGACACCAGGAUCAAGUUCCUGACAGAUGGCAUGCUUCUGCGGGAAGCGAUUUCGGACUCCUUGCUCCGGAAGUACAGCUGUGUCAUCUUGGACGAAGCCCACGAGCGGACCAUCCACACUGACGUGCUCUUCGGCGUGGUGAAAGCUGCCCAGAAGAGGCGGAAGGAGCUGGGGAAGCUGCCUCUCAAAGUGAUCGUUAUGUCAGCUACGAUGGAUGUGGACCUGUUCUCUCAGUAUUUCAAUGGCGCUCCUGUCCUCUACCUGGAGGGUCGGCAGCAUCCGAUCCAGAUCUUUUACACCAAACAGCCUCAGCAGGAUUACUUGCACGCCGCCCUUGUCUCCGUCUUCCAGAUUCACCAGGAAGCCCCUUCCUCGCAGGACAUCCUGGUGUUCCUCACUGGCCAGGAGGAAAUCGAAGCCAUGAGCAAGACCUGCCGCGACAUUGCAAAGCACCUCCCGGACGGCUGCCCCUCCAUGCUGGUCCUGCCUCUGUACGCCUCCCUGCCCUAUGCCCAGCAGCUCCGCGUCUUCCAGGCGGCGCCCAAAGGCUACCGCAAAGUGAUCAUUUCAACCAACAUCGCUGAAACCUCCAUAACCAUUACAGGAAUAAAAUAUGUAGUUGACACGGGCAUGGUUAAAGCAAAGAAGUAUAACCCUGACAGUGGCCUGGAGGUGCUGGCUGUGCAGCGGGUGUCAAAGACGCAGGCGUGGCAACGCACCGGACGCGCCGGCAGAGAGGACAGCGGCGUCUGCUACCGGCUCUACACAGAGGAUGAGUUUGAGAAGUUUGAGAAGAUGACCGUGCCAGAGAUCCAAAGGUGUAACCUGGCGAGCGUGAUGCUGCAGCUCCUGGCCAUGAAAGUCCCCAACGUGCUCACCUUCGACUUCAUGUCCAAACCGUCUCCAGAUCACAUUCAGGCGGCCAUCGCCCAGCUGGAGCUGUUAGGUGCCCUUGAACGCAAGGAUGAGCAGCUCACCCUGACUCCGCUCGGAAGGAAGAUGGCAGCAUUUCCCUUAGAGCCCAAAUUUGCCAAAACCAUCCUCCUGUCCCCCAAGUUCCACUGCACGGAGGAGAUCCUGACCAUCGUCUCCCUGCUGUCCGUGGACAGCGUCCUCCACAACCCGCCCUCCCGGCGGGAUGAAGUGCAGGCCGUCCGGAAGAAGUUCAUAUCCAGCGAGGGCGACCACGUCACCCUGCUCAACAUCUACCGGACCUUCAAAAACCUGGGCGGGAACAAGGAUUGGUGCAAAGAGAAUUUUGUCAACAGCAAGAAUAUGAUGCUAGUAGCUGAAGUCAGAGCCCAGCUGAGGGAUAUCUGUGUAAAGAUGUCCAUGCCCAUCGCAUCGUCCCGGGGAGACAUGGAGACGGUCCGCCGCUGCCUGGCUCACAGCCUCUUCAUGAGCACCGCCGAGCUGCAGCCGGACGGCACCUACGCCACCACGGACACGCACCAGCCCGUGGCCAUCCACCCCUCGUCCGUCCUCUUCCACUGCAAGCCGGCCUGCGUGGUGUACACCGAGCUGCUGCACACCAACAAGUGCUACAUGCGCGACCUCUGCGUGGUGGACGCCGAGUGGCUGUACGAGGCCGCCCCCGAGUACUUCCGCCGGAAGCUCAGGGCCGCCAGGAGCUGA